UCUGAACUCUCACUUGAUGUCUAGUCUGGCUGUUGAGGUGCACGCGGAUUGACCACUCCUUUGGCCUUGAUUGGUGGAUAAUAGUGGGGGAAACUAAACCACAACCAUGACUGACGCACAGCAGGAGGCCCGCUCCUACCUGAGCGAGGAGAUGCUUGCUGAGUUCAAGGCUGCCUUUGACAUGUUCGACACUGACGGUGGCGGUGACAUCAGCACCAAUGAGUUGGGUACUGUCAUGAGGAUGUUGGGUCAGAAUCCAACCAGAGAGGAGUUGGCUGAAAUCAUUGAGGAGGUGGAUGAGGAUGGCAGCGGAUCCAUUGACUUUGAAGAGUUCUUGGUCAUGAUGGUGAGGCUCCUAAAGGAGGACCAGGCUGGCAAGAGCGAGGAAGAGUUGGCAGAGUGCUUCCGUGUAUUUGACAAGAACGCUGAUGGCUACAUUGACAGAGAGGAGUUUGCUGAGAUCAUCCGCAGCACUGGCGAGUCCAUCACAGAAGAUGAGAUUGAUGAGCUGCUGAAGGACGGAGACAAGAACGCAGAUGGCAUGCUUGACUUUGACGAAUUCCUCAAGAUGAUGGAGAACGUGCAGUAAAACAGAGACUCAUGGACAUUCCUCCCCCCUUUGACCCCCUGUCAACUCAAGCCCAUUCUUUCAAACCUACUCAUGCCCCCUUUUACCCUUUUGCCCACCAUCUGCUCCGUUGACUCUCCUUCUUCAUCUCAACACAGCUAUGCCGCUUCAACAGACAUAACAGACAGACACCUGGGUGGGGUCUGCCAAGGUUCAGCAUGCAAACAAUCAUGAUCCUGGGGUACGUUUAACCCGCAUGUUCCUGGAAGAGCCAAGCUGUGGCGUCUGUGGUGCCAGUACAUCAAAAACACGCACCACGCCAUGGUGGACCCCCGCAAUGCUGGGCGUUUAGUCGAGAUUUAGACUAGAUCAGCAGGCAGCUUGUUACCGCUGCUUAGACCAAUGCAACAACCUCUCAUACUUCAUUGUAUUUAAGAUCAAACGCUUGAAAGAAAGUACAGAAUAAAAAAUAAAAGACAUGCUCGUGUUUAGUUGGUCUGUUUAGUCAAAUCUGUAUUUGGUUAUGUUCUGAGGAAUUCAUCAAUAAAGCUUUUUUUUUUUUUUUC